AUGAUUCCUAUAUUAAUUGAUAUCAAAAAACGAUUUCAUCCUACAACAUCACGUGGUAUAUUAGCAGCUAGAAAAAUUAUUUUUGAUAAUGAUGAAGUAUCAUUUGAUGAAGAGAUUGCAAUAGAAGAUGAUGAACAACCACCACCAGUUAAUGCUACUAGAAAAAUUAGAAUUAGUGAACCUUAUUUGCGGGAAGAUUCCAAAUCAGAAGGCUUAGAACUUAAUAAUGACUUUUUUACAAAGCUUAAGAAGAAAGAAAUCACCGGUAGUUCAUUUCUCAAGCUAACUGGAUGGGAUUUUAAGGGAUACGGAAUAACAUUAGAACAAGCAUUAAAACUUGAGGAUUAUAUUAAGGAGCUGGGUGUUCGAGAAGCAAAAAUAGGUUUAGGAGAUGAUGUUACCUUUGGUAACGCUUAUGUAUCAGAAACUGUGGUGGUUGCUUCUCAAUUGGUCAUUGCAGAUACCCCUCAGAAAGAAAUUCCCACGGUGGAUUCGAAAGUGACGCACAAUAUAAAAGCAGUUAAUAGGUAUCCUGAAAAUUCAUAUGAGGAUGCGUAUCAGAUGAGUUUAGAAAUUUCGGAAGAGUUCGAAAAAACUGUUCCCUCAGGAAACGAUCAGAGUCAUGUGACUUCAGUUAAGCCAGAUCUCGAAGUAUCCAUGGAGCAAGAUGAUGAGCAGAAAUCGCUAGAUAAAAAUCAAAUCAUAGAACAGGGUCUAAUACAAGAGCUGUGUGGUACCUUGCCUUUAGCGCCUUCGGCUGACACCUGUUCACCCAUAUCCAGUGAUGACAAUACCAGCUCUACCAAUACUAAUUCCUCUUGCAAUGGAUCAGAGAAUAUGAUUUCAG